UAUACCCAGAAUGCACUGCGUUUGGGAAAUACCAGGCGGGCAAUAGAAAAGAAAGUAUCACCAUGCUUAAAGUGAAAUAUUUAGAGCUUUUAAAUGCUUAAAACGACACCUUAAUGGAGUAAAUUAUCAGUUUUCAGCUGUGGUGUAGCUCCUGAUACAUUGGGAAGAUAAAGAAUUCUUUUGUAAUGUUUUGAGCAAAGACUAAACUGCUUAAUUUGCUUUCACGCGGACAUGAAGGCUAACUGACAGUUGCUAACUGCUAACAGUCGGGCUCCGUACUUAGAGGCUAUUGAUGUAAAUUGUUGGCCCCUUUUGAACACAAUGUCUGGGUUUAACUUUGGCACUCUUGGCUCCAGCAACACUGGUGGAGGAUUCUCAUUCGGAGGAGUCACAAGUACACCUGCGGCCAGCACUGGUGGCCUUUCUUUUGGGACUCCAGUGGGAGCAGCAGCAGGAACCCCGGCUUCCACUGCAAGUACCACCCAAUCCCUUGGCCUGGGAGGUUCUCUCUUUGCUCAGAAACCUGCUGGGGGCUUCUCCUUCAACACCCCUGCCUCAACUUCCUCUGCACCCAGCACUGGUCUUACAUUAGGUGCACCAGCUACUACAUCUGCAACCACAGGUUUUAGUUUGGCCUUCAACAAACCCACUGCAUCAGCAACACCUUUUUCUCUCACCACAACUACCUCCUCCUCAACUGCUGGGACAGGCUUAAAUUUUGGCUCCAACCUGACAUCCACGGCUCCGCAGCAGCCUGCAGCCACAGGGUUCACACUCAGCCUUGGUGGCACAGCUUCCUCUGCUGCAUCAACUGCACCAUCACUAGGCGCCAGUCUCUUCUCCAGCACUGGAACUACAGGUUUGGGUCAGACCACGCUGGGAGGAGGAGCUGGGUUAACCUUGGGCUCGCUGUUGGCUACCUCCACAGCAGCUUCAGUUGCUCCUGCACCGAGUAUUGGUCUGGGUGGAGUUGACUUCAGCACGUCCUCUGAGAAUAAAAGUGACCCCUCAUCUGGAACCAAUGCACAGGACAGCAAGGCUUUAAAAGAUGAGAAUCUGCCCCCCUUUAUUUGCCAAGAUGUUGACAGUUUUCAAAAAUUUGUUAAAGAACAGAAACAGGUUCAAGAAGACAUAAGCAGGAUGUCUUCAAAGACUAUUGCAAAAGUCCAAGAUGACAUCAAGAGUCUCAAACAGCUGCUUUCUGUCUGUGCAAGUGGGCUGCAGCGCCAGGCUCUGGCUAUUGACAAGUUGAAGUUGGAGACCGCACAGGAGCUGAAAAAUGCUGACAUAGCCCUGCGCACCCAAAAGACGCCCCCUGGCCUUCAGCAUGAAAACACGGCUCCCUCAGAUUAUUUUCGUAGCUUGGUGGACCAGUUUGAGGUGCAGCUGCAGCAGUUCCGCCAGCAGAUCGAAGAACUGGAGAAUCACCUGACCACCCAGAGCAGUGGCUCACACAUCACCCCUCAAGACCUGACUCUGGCCAUGCAGAAGUUGUACCAAACAUUUGUUGCUCAGGCAGCUCAGCUUCAGUCUGUCCAUGAGAAUGUGAAGAUCCUGAAGCACCAGUACCUUUCUUACCGAAGAGCCUUCCUGGAAGACUCCACUGAUAUCUUUGAGUCUAAACGAGCCUCAAACAGAAAAUGGCAGAGCGCGCCACAUGUCACAACCGGACCUGCACCAUUUUCCAGUGUACCCAAUGCUGCAGCUGUUGCAAUGGCAGCGACGUUGACGCAGCAACAGCAGCCAACUCCAGGCACCCAGGCACCCUUGGGGGCAGGGUUUGGAAACCCCUUUGCCUCAGCUGUAGGCACUAGUUUGGGCUCUUCUACACUUGGAGGUUUUGGUGGAGGGCCAGGAUUUGGUGGCAUCGGAACUGGAGGGUCAUCUUUUGGGUUCUCCUCUACCAGUAAGCCUGCAGGGGGCAGUCUGAGUGCAGGUUUUGGUAGCACCAGCAGCUCUGGCUUCAACUUCAGCAACCCUGGCAUCAACCAGUCCGCUGGCCUGACGUUUGGCGUUUCAAACCCGUCAGCCACCACCUUUGGCACGCCCCUUCUCCAGCUAAAGAAGCCUCCUGCUGGCAAUAAAAGGGGAAAGAGAUAGAAAGAGAUUUAGACAAGAAUAGUACUGAGCAUCUGACCGACUCGUGGCUUGUAGCAAGGAAAGCCUGUGCUAGAGUGUUUAAGUAUAAAAAAGACGGAGGCGGUUCCAUCACGUAACAUUUUAUUUUGAUUUCUUACUUUAACCUGAAAUUGGACAAUCCAAUAUUUGUGCUAUUUUGUUUUUGUUUUUUUUUCUGCUGUUUCUGCUUUAAGCAGGGGCAGCCAUUCACUUCAGUCCUCACAGAUGGUAAGAUAAUGUCAUUUAAGACUCAAAUUAGCUCUUUAGAAUUGUGUCUAACCAUUUGUCUCGCUAUGGUGUCUCGAUGCUAAGGCCAGAGCAGUUGGUUUGACAACAAAUUGCUCAGUUUCUGUCUAAAUAUUAUGUUAGAUAAACGUGUUUUGUGGUUAACUAAAUUUUGUUGCAUCAAAACCUCUUAUAGAGCUGCAGUGAAAAAUAACUUUGCUCAAGUUGCGUCCAAAGAUGAAUUUAAAAAGAGGGAUGAAGGGAAAGGAGUUUAUGAUAAUAGUUUGGGACAGUAAAGCCUGUUUCCUGUCAGAGUAUUCAAUCAUAGUUUAGUCCCAGACUUUCCAAGGUGUCUUUAAGGGGAUACCGUUUUAUUUUUGUAUCAGGUAAAAGAAGUUAACUUUCAGGAAAAAAAAAAAAGUUUAGGACAGAACAUCUUUUGGGUUUUCCU